AUGGGGAAGCUGAUCUCCAAAGGCUGGAAAAAAAGAGAUGCUCAGGUUGUCAUGCUGGGGCUCGACUUUGCUGGCAAAUCCACCCUUCUCUACAAACUGAAGAGCGGCCAGGCUGUGGAGACCUGUCCGACAGUGGGCUUCAACGUGGAGUCUCUGCAAACACCCUGUGGCAUAUCCUUCACCCUCUGGGAUGUUGGUGGACAAGACAGCCUGCGGGCAAGCUGGCCUGACUACCUGGAGGACAUCAACACCCUCGUCUUUGUGAUCGACAGCACAGACAUGGCUCGGCUGUCCGAAGCAGCAGCAGCACUGGAGGAAGCCCUGAGCCACCCCAGCAUGGCUGGCAUCCCCGUCCUCCUCCUGGCCAACAAGCAGGAGGUGCCAGGAGCACUGGCUCCUUCUGAGCUGGGGGAGAUGCUGCGGCGAGGGCGGCUGGCAGGGCACCGCUGGAUGCUCCGGGGGUGCAGCGCCCACACCGGCCAGGGCCUGCAAGAAGUCCUGGCCAUCCUGGGAGAGCUGCUGCGGGACCCAGAGCUGAGCUCCCUGUCCCAAGAGCAGCCCAUCACAAGGCUGGCGGAGAGGAGGGAAGCUCCAGGAGAAACCUGA